AUGGGUGUUACUAUUGACCCGACUGCAGCUGGAGACCACGAGCCUACAGCUGAGCGAAACAAUCGAACGCUGAAAGAGAGAGUUAGAGUAGCUCUUGCACAAUUGCCCUACAAAGUGGUACCAAAGGUGAUCACUGAAUGUCUUGGACGUCGAGCCGCCGAGCUAUUGAAUGUCUUUCCCCAGAAAGACAGUAUUUCCUCACAUUUCAGUCCGCAGCAACUCAUUGAUAAUGUCAAUAUCAACUACAAGAGUGACAUAGUUGCUGAGCUUGGACAGUAUGUUCAUGCAAUUGGACGGAUUCCAACAAUUCGAUGGAACCGCAAAGUAUUGAAGCGAUCUACAUUGAACCUACAAAGGGACAACGUACAGGGCACCGAGUGCUCAACCUGA